UUAUUGUCAUGUAAAAAGCGCCAGCAAUAAGACCAACCGCUUUGCUAUUGUCCAAGUGGAAAGAGCCAAGUUUAUUAUGAGGACUAUAUGCUCUAGAGACCUCAGACAAGGCAUCUCAUAGGAGGCUUUUUCAUAAAACUAGGCUCUGCUGGUAGUAAGGAGGCCAGUUUGGAGGCAGGCGUGGAGCUGUGCACAUCUCCCCACUCCAGCCACCUUCUCCAUACCCAUCUUUUAUUUCAUUUUUCCACUUGGCUGAGCCAUCCAGAGCCUUUUCAAUGUAUAAAAUGGAAUAUUCUUACCUCAAUUCCUCUGCCUACGAGUCCUGUAUGGCUGGGAUGGACACCUCCAGCCUGGCUUCAGCCUAUGCAGACUUCAGUUCCUGCAGCCAGGCCAGUGGCUUCCAGUAUAACCCGAUCAGGACCACUUUUGGGGCCACGUCCGGCUGCCCGUCCCUCACGCCGGGAUCCUGCAGCCUGGGCACCCUCAGGGACCACCAGAGCAGUCCGUACGCCGCAGUUCCUUACAAACUCUUCACCGACCACGGCGGCCUCAACGAGAAGCGCAAGCAGAGGCGCAUUCGCACCACGUUCACGAGCGCGCAGCUCAAAGAGCUGGAGAGGGUCUUCGCCGAGACGCACUACCCUGACAUCUACACCCGGGAGGAGCUGGCCCUGAAGAUCGACCUCACGGAGGCGCGCGUCCAGGUGUGGUUCCAGAACCGCCGCGCCAAGUUCCGCAAGCAGGAGCGCGCCGCAGCGGCCGCGGCGGCCGCGGCCAAGAACGGCUCCUCGGGGAAGAAGUCCGACUCUUCCCGGGACGACGAGAGCAAGGAGGCCAAGAGCACCGACCCGGACAGCACGGGGGGCCCGGGCCCCAACCCCAACCCCACUCCCAGCUGCGGGGCGAGUGGCGGCGGCGGCGGCGGGCCCAGCCCGGCCGGCGGCCCGGGGGCGGCGGGGCCCGGGGGCCCGGGAGGCGAACCCGGCAAGGGCGGCGCGGCGGCGGCGGCGGCGGCGGCAGUGGCGGCGGCGGCAGCGGCGGCGGCGGCGGCGGCCGGGGGCCUGGCGGCGGCCGGGGGCCCUGGACAAGGCUGGGCUCCCGGGCCCGGCCCCAUCACCUCCAUUCCGGAUUCGCUCGGGGGGCCCUUCGCCAGCGUCCUAUCUUCGCUCCAAAGACCCAACGGUGCCAAAGCCGCCUUAGUGAAGAGCAGUAUGUUCUGAUCUGGGACGUGGCGGCGGGCGAGCCGGGGGCCGGGCGGGCGAGUGGGCGAGCGGGUAGGCCCAAGGCUAUUGUCGUCGCUGCCGCCCUGGCUUUUUCAUGGAAAGCCUAAAGUAAUCGCGAUAAGAAUAAAGAGAAAACGGCGUCGCCCCCAUUGCAACCCCACUCUUACCCCAAUCCUGAACCCCCAGCAAAACAAAACAAACGAAACAAAGCAAAGCAAAACACUUCCUGGCUUCGCACCUGCCCCAGGGCCGCGCAGACGGCCAGGGCUCCGCCUGUGGACCGGGAGGUGGGAGCGGUGCGGCCUGGACUCGGGGGCACUCUCAGGGGGCUGUGUCUGCGUGUCGUGUGUGUCUGUCUCUGGGAAUGUGUAUCUGUGGCCCGAGCAGGUGACAGAAAGAGAUGGAUGGGGGCAUAACCAACUCAGUGACUUGCUUAGAAAAAGAGAAAAAGAAACAAAACAAAAAAAACCCCCAAAUUAAAAAAAAAUUAGGAAGGCAGCAAUCGUUUUUAAAAAAAAGAUUUUAAAAUCUAAGGGUAACAAGUAAAGGGGGAGAGAAGGGAGGCUGCAGCAAGCACUGUCCGGCGGCUCUGUUUUGUGAACCAUUAUUGGGGUCCCUCCUGACGGCACAGACUCCCUCUGUAGGGGGGACUAAGGAGCCUUCCAGUCCCGCUUCCCCUCCUGUCCUUGGGUUCGGCGAAGACUCCUGCAGACUGUCGCCGAGGCCAAGGGGACGUCCUCGCGCCUGCUUGCCUGUCCCACCUGGCCGAACACCAUCCCAUCAGCGCUUCCGAGCCCCACGCAGCUGCAACUCCCGAACCCCCAAAUCUUUGCAGCCACUCGGCCCCCAAAAGAUGCCCUAUACAUGAGAUGCCUUUCAUCUGCAAACUGCAAACUGUGUCUCAUAUUUCAAAACGCUUCCCUGUUUUUCGCUCUCCUGCCACCCCCACCGACAUAUUCUUCUUCCACCAGCUUUUACUGAACUUUUCGGCACUGCUUUGGAUUGGAGUCAUUGCAGUCCGUGCAACUGGCUACAGAGAAAUCUACCGAGCGAGGGAAAGGCGCGCACACUAGUUUGCAGAAGUGUCUCGGUUUGCACUUCUGUUUGAUCCGAAAUGGACUCACAUCCUGUAUGGUGGAUGAACUGUAUAUUGAUGAUUCCAUUCUUCUCGCAGUUUAGACAUCUCUGUUGAGGUUUUUUUUUGUUUGUUUUUUAAAAUUUUUUUUUAAAAGGCACAAACUAUAGAUAUUAGUUGAAUGUUGAGGCUUUAACUUUUUGGGUGUCUUUCUACAACUGUGUUCUGUGACUCAAUUGUAUCGUGUUAAUAUCAGUACAGACCGUCUCCUCUACGUGACCGUAUAAUGUUUUUCCUCUUCUUGUAGUCUCUAUGGCGUGUCUUUACGGAGUACUAAGGUUCUCACGGGUUCAAUUCCUUUGUGUUUAGAGACCACGGUUCAGACAAUGGUAUAUAUUUUUGUUAUCAGGUGCAUGUCUGUCUGAUUUUUUUUUCCUUCUUGUUGGACCUUGUUUGUGAACAUAAGCGUCCUAAGUUAUGUUUCAGAUUUUCAAAUUUAUUUAUAUGUGUUAUAAUGAAUGCUUCUAUUUAAAAGGGAAAUAUUUCUACAUGUGCAUAUAGUUUUCCAAGAGUGUACCAUUAACUUGAUUGUUGAUAAUAAAAAC